AACAAAUUGAAGAAUCAUAGAAGUCAACAUGAAUCAAGCAUUGAUGAGAGGGCCAUUGUGCCACGCUUGUCGCCGCGACGUUGUUCGCACAUUCUCGUCAUUCUGCGGUGCAUCGAUCCCUCGCCACAGCUUGCCCCCUUCGAGAUAUACCCAUGUGAAUACCAGGGCCUUUUCUUCAGUGCCUUGUCUUCGAUCCGAUGUUCCUUCAAUUCCCCCCGGGUCACCUCCUCCAGCUCCAAGCGAUAAGGAUACACACAUUGACAAUGAGAUGCCUGCGCCAUCACGGCAUGUUCCAUGGUAUUUGCAAGAAGAAACCCCGAUUGCGGAGUCGCAACCAGUAUUGUCGCGAGACCACCUGCCAGAACUGCCAGAGGACCCACCAGCCAUACUCCCUACUCUUCUCGAACACACAUUCAAAGACCUGGGUCUGGACAAUUUGAAAUUGUUUGAUCUGCGGCACCUUGAAACUCCACCAGCCCUCGGCGCCAAUGUCAUUAUGAUCAUCGGUACUGCUCGCAGCGUGAAACAUCUUAAUGUCGCCGCGGAUCGUCUAUGUCGCUGGCUACGGAGCACUUACAAGCUCUCACCGUACGCAGAUGGACUGCUAGGUCGAAACGAACUUAAAAUCAAACUUCGACGGAAGGCCCGUCGGGCCCGCAUCGCGAGUCAAUCUGGAGCAAUCACGGAUGAAAAGGAUGAUGGUAUCACUACCGGUUGGAUCUGCGUAAAUGCUGGCGUGGUUGAGGAGGCCCCUGUCGUGGAACAAGAGGAUUUCCAAGGCUUUGAAGGGUUUGGUGCCAUCAAUGCGGGGACUAGAGUUGUGGUACAAAUGUUCACGGAAGAUAAGAGAACUGAAGUCGAUCUUGAUGGCUUGUGGCAGGGGAACUUGGACCGGGCCAGGAGACAGAAGCAGCGUGAAUUGGAGGCUGCAAAUGCAUCUGGGGCAGAGAAUGAGGCGACACAACAGAGCCAGUCCCAGUGAUGCGAGCAGCGUUUACGCUUGCUCAGAGCAUCAUAGCCUCGGACAUCUAGCGGCUUCGGAUUCUGGAAGCUGUCAUUCCCCUGGGAGCCCACACUUCUAAAACGACUUGUGAUGCGUGAAUGUUUUGACACCCCCUUUUUGUAUAAUAAACUCCAAUUGUCUAUGUAAUGAUAUCCAUGACUGUAUCUUUAUACCUUAUAAAUGCUUGUCCUUGCAUG